AUGUCCCUGCAAAAGUCAUGGCUCUUACGUCUAAACUGGUUGUUAUCUCCCGAUACAUUACUGCAGGUAUUAAUUCUAUGGCCAUUGGAGCUCUACGAGUCGAUAGCGAUUCUACCUGUAAGCUUUUUACGACGUCAUGUGCCCGUAAUAGGCGGUGCACUGGUCAUCUUUAUGACACUGCAUGGAAUCUUAUUGCGAUUGUUUCUGGAGCUAUUACGUGCUAUUUUUGCACGUGUGACGUACUCACGGGAUCCCGUCCUGACGUUCCACAGCUUUUGGCGUGCCAUGCAGGAUCAUUACGCUUUCUUGGAGCCAAAACGUGUCGAUUGGCAGCUUGUUCGACAGCUAUUUGGAGACACGAUUGAAUCAAGUACAAGUGAUGAUGAUCUAUGGAUUGCAUUGCAGGAUAGUGUAUGUAUGUGUGAUGACCCGUCACUUGCAGUCUCAAGGAUUGCUGCAUCCAUGUCGGGACCUGCAGGAUCAAGGACGUUGACCGUACGAGGACGCAAGUUACCUAGUGCAGCAGCACUGAGAUACCAACAACAGACAAUGGCUGUUAUCAAGAGAGAACACCUGGCUCAAAAUGGUCGAAAAACUGCCAAUGAUUGCUUUGUGUACGGCAUUCUGAACGCUGCAACGUGUCCAGGUUGGAGGAUUGGGUACAUUUGUUUAACUGCGAUGCAGGGCUUUGUGGACUUUCCACUGCCAAGAGUAGACGCUCUCGUGCCGUCUCGGACGAAAAAGGCGUCAACAGCCAACCGUUCAGGUACACGUGCUGACUCGGAGAAAAUGCUGCUGGAUGUUGACGGUUUGGAAGGAAAGGGAAGAGGAGGAGCUCUGGCAGCUAGCUUCGUGGCUGUGCCUGAGAUUUAUGACUUGGAGUCCAUGCGUUGGUCGUUUGAAGCGAUCUUGCAUGGUCUAGGAGAUGUGGACGGACUGAUACUGGAUCUUCGCUUUAAUCAAGGUGGAGGCUCGCAUGUCGUUGCAUUGACUGUGGCAUCGUUCUUUGCCAGUGAGGAUAAAGCAACGUUGGCUUUCUCUACGGAUGAAAAAAUACCAGGUACGACGCCGAGAUUCUCCAAGAGGAAGAAUUAUUACAUACCAUACUCAUCGCGCUGCACACGCUACUGUGGUCCGCUGGCCAUUCUACAGAGCCAAUACACGCGUGGGACGGCAGAGCUAUUGUGUCUGUCUUUGAUGCAGCGACCGCUUACUUGCCGUGUUGGAGCUACCACUGCCGGAAGCUUUUCACCUACACGACAGCUACGUUUGCCAAACUACUGGACUGUUGAGAUUCCGUAUCAGCGUGUUUUUGGUGCUGAUAACAAGCUGUACGAGGGCAUGGGCAUUCCACCAACCAAGGUUGUGCCUGACAUGGAGCUCUUACCGGCACAAUUGAGUAACGGCAAAUCGCCAAAGGAUCACCACACGGCUCCACCUGCUGCCUCGAGUGCUGCCUUUGAUCCGUGUGUGAAGAAGGCAAUUGACCAUAUCAUGGAUGUUUGA